ACUGUGGACAUAGUACAGGAGAUGACCAGAGACUGCGGACACAGUACAGGAGAUGACCAGAGACUGCGGACAUAGUACAGGAGAUGACCAGAAACUGCAGACAUACUACAAGAGAUGACCAGAGACUACAGACAUACUACAGGUGAUGACCAGAGACUGUGGACACAGUACAGGAGAUCACCAGAGACUACAGACAUAGUACAGGAGAUGACCAGAGACUGCGGAUAUAGUACAGGAGAUCACCAGAGACUGCAGACAUACUACAGGUGAUGACCAGAGACUGCGGACAUAGUACAGGGGAUGACCAGAGGCUGCGGACAUAGUACAGAUGACCAGAGACUGCGGUCAGGAGAUGACCAGAGACUGCAGAUAUAGUAAAGG